CUCCGAUCCGGACUCCGAUGUAUUUGAGGGCCUUGAUGGUGCCGAUCGCACCCUGGCGUAUCGUGCUAUGAUUGACUGCGUGCUUGCCACGGAUAUGGCCAAGCAUAAUGAGCUGUUAAAUUUGUUUCUUGUAUCUAUGGAAAAACCGUAUUCAAUUGAAGAUACCACCGCCAGGCAGAUGAUCAUGGACGUAAUAGUGAAGGCGGGUGAUAUUUCGAAUGUAACGAAGCCGUUUGACAUUUCUCGCUUGUGGGCUAUGUCGGUGACAGAGGAGUUCUACCGUCAGGGUGACAUGGAGAAGGAGAAGGGUGUGGAGGUGCUGCCCAUGUUUGAUCGUUCCAAGAACACGGAGUUGGCCAAGGGCCAGAUUGGCUUCAUUGACUUUGUUGCCAAGCCGUUUUUCAAGAAGGUUGUGGAUGCCUGCCUCACUGGCAUGCAAUGGACUGUCGACCGUAUAAACAGUAACCGUGCACAGUGGGAACUGACACUUGAAGUAAAGUAG